GCUUCCUUCAGAUCCUAAGCGGACCACGGAGUCAGCCUUUAAGCAACCGCCGUCUUCCACCCUCAGUUGCUGUAUAGGGCUGUUUCUGCUGCUUAGAAUGCAGGGAGUUCUUUAAAGUUGGUUUGUGGAGACCUGGUUUGUCCUGCAGCAAGGAACUACAGCUACUGAACUUGGAUCGUGUCAGCUCUUGACCAUGCUCUGUGUCCACUCUUUCCUCAGAAGGGCUUCGUGCAACAGCCUGCCCCUGGCAGUGCAGCGUUCUGUCCUGCGGGCCUUCUCAGUUCAUCUACAAAAUCAGGCUGCUGAAGAAGCAGCGAAUCCUCCAUCCCCACAGCUGCGAGCCAAUGCGAAGACGGAAAAUCUCAUUCUCAAAACUCCCAAGGGCACCAGGGAUUUUAGCCCCAAGCAGAUGGCCAUCCGGGAGAAGAUCUUCAGCACCAUCAUCAGCUGCUUCAAGCGUCAUGGAGCGGUUACAAUAGACACACCUGUCUUUGAGCUGAAGGACCUCUUGUUGGAUGGUCAUUGGGAGGAGUCAAAGCUGGUGUACGACCUGAAGGAUCAAGGUGGGGAGGAGCUAUCCCUUCGCUACGACUUGACUGUGCCGUUUGCCCGAUAUUUGGCGAUGAACAGGAUCACCAAUUUUAAGCGGUACCAUAUUGCCAAAGUCUACAGGCGUGAUCAGCCAACCAUGGCUAGAGGGCGCUACCGAGAGUUCUGCCAGUGUGAUUUGGACAUUGCUGGCAACUACGAUCCCAUGAUUCCUGACGCAGAGUGCCUGAAGGUCAUGCAUGAGAUCUUGAGUGCCCUGCAGUGUGGAGAGUUCCUUAUCAAAAUCAAUGACAGGCGCAUUUUGAAUGGGAUCUUUCGUGUGUGUGGUGUUCCUGAUGUGAAAUUUGAAACCACUUGCUCCACUCUUGACAAACUGGGCAAGGUGAGCUGGGCGGAAGUGAAAAGGGAGAUGGUCCAAGAGAAGGGGCUUCUGCCUGAGGCUGCAGAGAGUAUCGGCCAAUACGUUCAGCUCUCUGGGGGGUGGCAACUGAUUCAUCAGCUGUGCCAGGAUCCAAUGCUGUCCAAGAGUCAGCUGGCCAUGGAAGGGCUGGAAGAUAUGAAGCUGCUCUUUGAGUACCUGACCUUGUUUGGCAUCAUAGAUCAGGUCUCCUUGGACUUAAGUCUGGCUCGUGGGCUAGAUUACUACAGCGGGCUGAUCUAUGAGGCCGUUCUGCUGCACCAGCCAAACAGCCACUGCAAGGAGCCUCUCCCUGUGGACAGCGUGGCCGGAGGUGGACGCUACGACGGGCUCGUGGCAUCAUUUGGUCAAAAGGGGCAAAAGGUGCCCUGUGUAGGAGUCAGCAUCGGCGUGGAAAGGCUCUUCUCCGUCAUCGAGCAGCAGCUGGAGCUGUCCAAGGAGAAGAUCCGCACAAAAGAGACGCAAGUGCUGGUGGCUGCUGCUCAGAAGGACUUUCUCGCUGGGAGGAUGAAGCUCAUUGCUGAACUCUGGGAUGCUGGCAUCAAGGUAGUAAUGCUGAGGGGGGGAAUGGUGGGAAAUGGUGUCUCUCUUCUGAACCAGCUACAGUACUGUGAAGAAGCAGGAAUCCCGCUUGUGGCCAUCAUUGGACAGCAGGAGAUGGACAACGGAGUGGUCAAACUGCGGGAUGUGGCCACCAGGAAAGAGAUCGAUGUUCCUAAGGAGAAUCUCAUAGAGGAGAUCAAGAAGGGACUGGAGAAAUAAUUCUUCGUUUGAUGUUGUCUCUGGGCUGUCCUUAGAGAAGCGUGCCUGUCUGGGUUGCCACCUGGGAUUCUUCAUUAGUGCGUGCGGAACUGGGCGUUGCAGUCGGUGGGGUCUGGCUUUCUGCACUGUGGCCACGCACAUCUGUCUGAAGAAACACUGGCCUUCCAGCAGCCGUUUGGCCCUGCUCUUUAUCAUUGCGAACUGUGUUUAUCCUUCAUGCUUAACCGGCCAUAUUGGCUUUCACGAAACGUUAGUCCAACCAAUGUCUGUUUUUUCUGGAUACCGUAUCUCUCUAGGGACAGUUAAGCCAACUCUACGGGGGGGUUGUUCACUCUGAGCCAGAACUUGAUGUGGGUCCAGUCUAGAGUGUGAGCGUGUUGUGCCAUGCUCUCACAAGAAGCCGUGGAAAUCCGCUGUCCAACUUUUGGUGGCCUCCCCCCCCUCAUCUCUGCAGCAGCUCUUUCCGAGAGGAGUCAGAGUACCUGCAUUGCUCUGCUAAAGAUCUCAGGCACAUUCACGGGGGUCUGAUUCAGUGAGUUGGGUAAUACGUUUUCUCCGUAUAAUAUGCAAAGGCAGGGAGCUGCUUCAGCCAGGGCUAGUCCACGGGGGUGUGAAGCCAGUGCAAGCUGCCCCGGUCUGCACGGCUGGCCUUUCCCCUGUGAGUGUUGGGGAGUCCCAAUAGAAAGGUGCCCGUCUCUGUUUGGAAGGCAUCACACGUUCCUAAGGUCUUGCUGCAGAGCCUUAAAUGUGAAUGCUUGGCCUCAGGAGGAAAGCAUGCCCCAAAUAAGAUACAGGU